CGAUACGAUAGCUGGAACGCUGUUCUUUUAAUAGGAGGUAGGUCGAGAGAGCACUUUUCGGAGGCGGUGAGGAUGGAUUGGCAGAGUAGCAAAGAAGAAGAUAACUAGUGUAGAAAAAAACCUUGCAAAUGCUUUGGAAAAGUAGGGAAGAAAUCCGGCGUUUCCAGCUGUGAUCUUGACCCAUCAGCUGCCGCUUCCGGAUCUUUGCAUAUAAAGAACAACAAAGAUUUCUGUCCGUGUUUCUGCUGCGCACAGUGAUGAGAGGUCUACUUUUUAAGAAGGAUGAGGAGCGAAACUGACCAAGUACGCUCGGUGAAGUAAGGGAAACUGACCAGACUGCUGUUCAUAAAUUUACUAGGGUGGUCGGGGGUGUGUGGCACCUGGUGGUGUCCCCUUUUCCAGUCCCGAUGAGCCUCUGAGGGCUUCAGCCUAUCCGCCGGACUUUUAAACUUCCUCCCUUCUCCCCCCCCCAAACCCUCCUUCGCUUCACUACCAACUCCCUCCCGCUUUCCACCCCCACCUCCAUCCCCAUCCUGGGCCCGAACACCUCCCUUCAGUCUUUCUUCAAUGGGCGCUUUGGAUUCCAUCGCCGGAGGAACCGUCAGUCCUACUGCCGCUGCCCUCACCAUGCUGAACGGGGCAGAGAGCCAAAGUUUUGCCAAGGAACCGCCAGAUCUCCAGGGAGCGACAACCAAAGACACCACCGAGCUAAAAAUCGGGGUUCACCAGGAGCGAUUCUACUACCCAGAGCCCCACAUGCAAGAAGGCGGCUGCAAUUUAGGGCUGACCUACGGCGGACAGAUGGUACAGGGAGGGUUUGGGGUGAGCAGCCCGGCCCCAUCGGGCAGGUUUUUGGGGCCAGCCGUGAGCAACUGCUCCUCUUACAGACCUCAGCCGCCGCCUCCUCCAGUUCCUGCGCCUUCUUCGGCGCCUCCAGGGAAUCUUAGCUACUCGGUGUCAGCUGCCGAGAUCUAUCCAAGCGCCGGGGACCUGUACCCCAACGCGCCUGGCGGAGAAGGCUGUUACUCGGCUGCAGUCCAGCACAUGUUCCCGCGGGGGCCCCUCUACCCAGUGCCAGGCUAUCAAGUCUCCGGAAAGAUUCAGGUAGUCCUCAACAACUAUCCUCUCUGGGCCAAGUUUCACAAGCACCAGACGGAAAUGAUCAUCACCAAACAGGGCAGGAGGAUGUUCCCAUUUCUGAGCUUCAACAUCUCUGGGCUGGACCCUGUGGCUCAUUACAGCAUCUGUGUGGACAUUGUGUUAGUCGAUCAGCACCACUGGCGAUACCAAGGCGGGAAAUGGGUGCAGUGUGGCAAGGCAGAGGGAAAUAUGCCAGGGAAUCGGACAUACACGCACCCGGAUUCUCCCAACACCGGAGCCCAUUGGAUGCGGCAGGAGAUCUCCUUUGGGAAACUGAAACUCACCAAUAACAAGGGAGCAUCCAACAAUGUCACGCAGAUGAUCGUGUUACAGUCCUUGCACAAGUAUCAGCCACGCCUACAUGUCACUGAGGCCAAGGAGGGCGAGGUGGAAAAGGUACAUCCCUCCAUCUGCAGCCAGACCUUCACCUUCACCGAAACUCAGUUCAUCGCCGUUACUGCGUAUCAGAAUGCUGACAUCACCCAACUGAAGAUAGACCACAAUCCUUUUGCUAAAGGCUUCCGGGACAACUUUGAUUCGAUGUACACCACAAGCGAGGGAGACCGCACAACCCCAUCUCCGCCUAGCGCUGCCAGCUGCCAGCAGCUCCUGACAAGCAGCCGUUUCCAGCCAUUCUUGCACGAUCAGUACACGCUCCCCCAGAGCCGCUUCUACAACCGGGAGCAUGCCCCGCUACCCUUGCCGCCCAAGGAAACCCACCACUGGUAUUUUGCUUCACAGCAGCCCCCCACUGUUCCUCUGGAAUAUGGCACCUACGAGGGCGACUUCAGAGGGAACAAAUUUAUGCCCUAUGGGAUGAAGCCCUUUGCCCUGCAGGCUGCCCCACACCCCUCAUUGCCCUAUUACCAGGAGCACCCCUUUGGCUCCCCCACCAGUUGGAGCUCCCCGCCUCAGUAUCACCACCCCAAGCCCACUCCGGGAGCCAUGAGCUGGUUCCGGCCAAUGAGGGACUUGCAGGCAGUACCCUCUGUUGACGAGAAAGGGAAGGACAGUGAGAAUUGGGCUGAGCCAGGCUCGGUGAAGUCAGCGGACUCCUCGGACUCUGGGUUGUACGAGGCCGAGUGCAAGCGUCGCCGGGUGUCUCCGUAUGUCUCCAGCGCUGAGAGCUCACCGCCCAUCCGCAACGGAGAGCUUUAUGACAAGGAAGGAGGCGACGGUGGCUACUAUGGCUUCUAUGGCAACUGAAGGGGGGGCAGAGGCAUGCAAGGGAAGGGGGGCUUCUAACCAUCCAGCUCUCCUCCACUCAUAUCGGGGAUAACCUGCAAAUAGGGGCAGACCACUUUUUGGUUUGGGGAAAGAUUCACUCCUUCAGGGGCACUGCCAGAAUAAUAUGUGGGUGUAGAAUGAAGGUCUUUCUAGUUGUACCUCACCCACCCACCCACCCCCAUCACAUCCAGCCACUGCCAGGUGCUAGUCUGCUGGUGUUAAGCAUGAACUCACACUGACAUUUGUGGACAUAGGCUAUACAAGCCCACAUGGGGGGUAGGCACAGGUCUUGGGCUCUUGAAUGCCCUUAUAGUCAGGUAUAAGGCCUUUUGCUCUUCUAUGCAGCAACUGACAGGCACACAUUGCCAGGUUAUCUCCACAUCUCCGCUCCCACCUACUUUUAGUUUCCAGACUGUAUCAUUGCUACACACUUAAGGAGAGAAUGGAAACAAACAUUUCUUAGAGAUUCAGAGUCAGGCAGAUAUUCAGGAAAAAAAUUAAACCUCGAGGGAUAUCUUUAAAAUUCUCUGAUUUUUUAAGGCCAUACUGCUUAGUAUCGGCUUGUAAAGUUCAGUUGCCCUGAGCUAGCUAAGAAGAUCUGAGUACAGAAGCAGGCUUUGGUGUAUGCAUCAUUUGCUGAAUUGGGAGCCACAGGCAGAAAUCUGAUGUGCAUCUCCCUGAGGAUGUCGUCUCUCUGCAGUGCAUUGUUUCAAAUGGGAUAUGCAUUCCGGUGUACAUCUUGAGUGCACAUUCCCUGCCACGUUCUUGCACAACUACUGUGGGCAACUAGUCGCUUCAAACGCAGCAAGAAAGGUUUUUCUGGCUGCGUUUUGAAGCGAUUCUGCCCUCUACGUGCCACACCUCCCUUCCCCACUGCUGACUUCAGGCCUUUCAGGGUCACCCACAGCAAAGUCUUAGGCCGGUCACUGUCUCUGUCUGAGCCUGCAGCAAAGCAUUUCCAUUGGCCACACCUGGAAGACAAAUGGGUUGAUCUACCAAUCAGUUGCAAAAUCUGCCUGAAGAUGAUUUUUUUAAAAACACACUCAAGCUGAUCCAACCAGGGGUUUAGAAUAAAAAGGGGUGGAGUUUGACUGGUGUUGUGACCCCAUUUCCAGAAAAGAGAGGUAGAGGCGCACUGGAACAAGCACAACUGUGUGUCUCUACCCUUAGUUGCACAUUAACAUCUUCCUUACAACUAGAGCUAGAUCAGGACAGUUACUUUUAUGUUCCGGUUUCUCCACCCCUGUUCCAUCCCCAAAUCUCUACAGCAUACAUAAUUGGGAUUCUUGGGUGGGGACUGAACUAAGAAUUGUUGAAAGUUGUUGGAAAUCAGAAAAGCUUUGCUUGAGAAAAGUCUUCCCUAAAACCCACUUCAGUCUGAGACCUUGGUUCCAGAAUCAAGAUCCUUUCGGCCCAUUCCAGAGAGGGACUGGUAACCUUGGGCAUAAAUCAGAUGUGAUUUCAGCACAGAUGAGAAUGUACAUUUGGGUUCUGAUUAUUUCCAGCAACGCUGCAUUGCUUUCAGUGAAUGUGCAAGUCAAAUGGGCAUCCCCAUAUCCUCAUCCUGGAGUCAUGUGCACUUAUUUUAAGUGACAAUAUGUAGUUUAGAGCAAGAGAAUUGUUAUCCUGAGGCUGCAGCCUGUGUUUACUGCAACCAGAAAUCAAGGGGUGUUAUAGGCAAGCUCCACUAAUAAUACUCUUGGGUCAUUAAUGGGUCACCAUUUCUCAAGCAAACUUGAAUUUCAUACUGUAGAGAUAACAAAUGACCUGUUUUAUGCCCCCUGAACUUGGCAAGGGGUUGCUGACUCUUCCCAUUCUCAAUUCAGCUGCUGCAUCACCCCCUAGAACAUGUAAACAAGCCAGAGGUUAAAGCCAGUCCUAGGGAUCCUCCUCCCAUCCUAGCCGAUUGCCUGGACAGACCUGGCGUGCAAGCUUGAUAAUAGGUCCUACCAUUUCUGCUAUCUAGCCAUUCUCCGCUGGGCAUCUCCCACUGCUGAAGCUCCUUUUUGCAUCACUGAGGAUUUUAGGAAUGUCUCAAGGCACAAGGUCACAUGGGAAGAUUCCAGGCUAUGACUCCAUCCCACCCCUCCUGGAAAUCAAAGAAACAUCCAUGGGGGAUGGCUCUGCAACAUGGACUACUUUCAAAUCAUCUCAGCCCUGAGAUACCUGCGCAAUAGAGGAAGGACUGAUGCUGGAUGCAGCUCUCAGCCGUUCGAAGUAACAACAGAACAGACCUUAGGUGGGAGUUACACAGCACAAACAUCUGCCUUUCCCCCACUCCUUUUUUUGCUUCCUAGAUGCCAGUCAACAGCCAUGAAUCCCCGUUGAAGGCCAGUGCCUCAGUUUAGUAAUGUAAUCAGCAUACAGCAGGCUUGGCAAACCUGUGGACCUCCAGGUGUUGCUUGACUGCAACUCCCAUCUUCCCUGGCCAUGGGGGCCAGGGCUGAGGAGUUGUAGUCUAGCAGCAUCUGGAGGGCCACAGGCUCCCCAUCUCCAGCAUUAAGUAACCAGGAAGCGUUACUGUGCCACAUGUGCAACAGUCUACUUGGACAGGUUGGAGUAAAGGGAAAGUAAGGAAGAAGCAACCUUAUUUUAUGCAGAACCAUAGAUUACCCCCACAGCAAGCCCCUUUGGCUAAUUCGGUAGCAUAUUGCUUCAGUGUUUAGCUAUGUGCUGGACAUACUCCAAUUUGGGAAAAUCUCCAAAGCAGAAGACAAUUGCAAGGAAAGAGGCAAAUUCAUUAGGCCAUCUUCCCAUGCAUCCCCCCCCCCAAAAAAUAGAAAGGGGCAGGUACACAAGAACAGUGGAUUGUGUCCAAAGUUAUAUUUCAACCCCACCCACCCCAAUUAGUUUUAUGGACACCGGGGCAAAGAUAUAGGUUGUAUUUUUAUACUUCAACCUCUUCCUGUAAAGGGAUUACCCCCACCCAAAUUUUGGUGGUAUUUUAUAAGCCCUGAUCCUGGAAAGACUUGAUGGUCAUUUGGUGAAGUAAAUUUAAUUAUGCUAGACAAUCAAAUGGGACACUCUCUGCCCUGUUCAGCGCUGUCAGCAAAUCCUGCCGAGCUUCUCUGAGGGGGAGGCAGGAGGCAGGUUCAGCUCUCUUAACUGUUUACACUCUAAAAACAAAAUAUAUAUGUAAAAGAUACAAUGGUCUUUGUGGUGUUUUGAGGUUCUCUUUUUUAAUCUUUUCAAGACAACAAUUCUUGACAAUUGCAAAUAUUUAUUGAAAGCCUGUGAGUUUUCGUUUCAGC